AUGGAUAGACAACGUGGCGCUAGACAUGGCAUAAACACAAUUCAAAUCAAUAGGGCAAGAGAAAUACAUGCUCAAACAGUGCGCUCCAGAAUACCACAGCCUACAGCAGCUUCAAGCACUCUUCAUUCACACGAUUGUGCACCCACAGUACCUCGCUACAGAAGCAAUAACCCGAAUAACCCCCCGUGUGCUCAUUGCGGAACUGUCAUUAUUCCGGCUCCAAAGGCAACCUUUCCAUUUGAAGAUACUCCCUCCAUUACUGUUGAUGAUUGGACCAUCACUACGCGGAAGAAACCUAUCUUGAAUUCGCAGGAGCUAGAUCAAUGGGGUGAACAACUGUCAGGGUUGACCUUGCCAGAAAUGAUUUUUGGCAAUAGUUAUGUUCAGAUCAAAAACGAAAAGCAUGAUCUUUGUAUCCAAUUCAAUGCUUUAGAUGCUUUAAAAGCUGUCAAAAUGGAAGAUUCUGGUAUCCGAGUUUCGUACGCACAUAAAUGGAUAAAAUCCAAGAGGGAGCAACAAAAGACAUCAGAGCUGCACGAUUCGUCCUUAAAAAUUGCCCAGCAUUACGACUGGACGUACACAACUAAAUAUAAGGGAACUCACGCUGGUCCAGAAUUUAUCAGGGAUGAUUCUACUGAGUUACCACUCGAUAAACUUGCAAAGCCAGAUCCAAUUCUAUUUUAUGAUGAUAUGGUUUUAUUCGAGGAUGAGCUUGCAGAUAACGGUAUAAGUCUUCUCAACGUCAAGGUACGGGUGAUGCAUGAGCGCCUGCUAAUAUUGAGUCGAUUUUUUCUGAGAGUGGAUGGCGUGCUUUUUAGGGUCUUUGAUACAAGGGUUUACGUGGACUUUCACGAGAACAAAGUAAUUAGAGAGUAUAAAGAGCAUGAAGGUGAGUAUAAUGCAAUUUUGGCUAAACAUAAGAUGGUACACUCUCAUGAUCCAAAAGCAGUGCUGAGAGACAGUAAUUGGGUCGCUCAACAACUUCCAUUGGUUAAGCGAGAAUGCGAAGUGCUAGAGCUAAAUAAAGAUUCGGAACCAAAAUGUGAAGAAAACCCAUAA